GUUACAACAUGAUAAUAAGUGCUUUUAUUUCUAGUAAUACAUAGAUUUACCCCUGCCCUAUACCUAACAUUAUUAUACAAUACAAGAAACCAAAUAAAACCGCUCAGACAAAGGAAGAGAAAAACACACACACACACAGAGGAAGAAAGAGAUGAAGAAAGCAGGUGGAGCAGAGAAGAAGAAGGUAAGGAGAUCACAUGGCGCUGAUACUCCUCCUCCUAGGAAGCAAGCUGCACAAAAGGACAUCUUCCAGGUAUUUGCUGAGAAAGUUAGAGAUCAUAAGGACUUGGUGUCUCGUUGGGCUGUCCUACAGGAAACACGAGUGGAGUAUUUCAGAGGAAAAGAUUUUGUUAGUUUUGUGAAGAAUCAUUCAGAACUGAAAGACAUACUCGAGUCGGAUAGAAUUUUGGAACCUGAAGAUAUUGCCAACAUUCUUCUUAAGAAGAACCUAUUAGUCCGAUGUGAUCGUGUGGUAAAAACUGUCCGUCCUGGCAAGAAGAAAUUGUCUACCUUUCCGGCACAUUUAGAGAUAUACCAUGAUCAGGUCUUUUCUGAUAAUGACGCCUUUUUCGCAUGGACAUUUGUCAAAAGAAGGCCCCUAUGGCAAACACUUCUCUCAUUCUGCUGGCCAGUUUUGACAUUAGCGAUCUGCUUGUUUCCUGUGUAUCCUCAUCAGGUCAAGCUGCUUAUACUCUACUCAUGUGCCGGUGUCCUCCUCCUUAUACUUUGCCUGCUUUUGUUGAGAGGCUUGGCGUUUGGUGCUUUAUGGAUUCUUCUUGGAAGGCGUGUCUGGUUUUUCCCCAACAUUCUUGCCGAGGAGGCAACACUCAAAGAAUUGUUCCAGUUUUGGCCUCAGAAAGAUGAGGCCGAGCGACCUAAGUGGACAGCAAGGCUCUUCUAUGCAAUUGUCGGUAUGGUUGUUAUUUCAUUACUGAGGCAUCAUGCUCCUGAUGAGGCUGCAAGAGCCAGGUAUCAGAGGCGGGUUUCUAAUAUUAUAGACGAUGUGCUUGAGUGGUCUCCAAGUCUGGCUUUGUCAGGCAUGAUAGAAAAGCAAACUGUGGUGAACAUCACCGAGCCUAAUGACAAUGUAACUGACAGCCAGAGUAGCGAUGAAAAGGUAUUUUCCUCAGGUGAUCUAGAUGAUGAAACCUUACCCAAAGAAGAAGUCGAGGAAGUUACUGAAAAUACAGAAGAUAGUGAUCAUCACCAAAAAAUAUAAUUUAUAAAAGUUAGAACAUGUGUUUUCAAGAAAGCAGUGGAUCGCAAUUUUUCGUUUUUUUGUUAUUCAAUUUUCACUUAUAUCUUCAGGAUGUUUGAGUGUAGAUGUUUGUAGUAAAGUCAAUGAAAAUAACUUUAUUGUUGUAAAAGUUCAUGUUUUGAAUAUGAUACUUUAUUUUGGAUG